AUGACGGAUAAUGACGAGGGGGCUAGCAUUAAGGUUGGUGACGACCCGGCUAAUGGCAAUUUUUCUGUUUAUGCCCCGGCACUGUUGGCUUUGGAAGAUAAUCGCAACCUUGAUGCUGACCUGGCUGCUUUGGAAAAAUAUAGUAAUGCGGCCGCAAAUACUAACGAACAAGUGGUUUAUGGCGAGAUUAAGAGAAUGAAAAAUUUGAAAAGCGUUGGGAGUAAAAAUGUGAAUGGUUUUGACCCAGGAGUUGGUAAUGCUAAUUUGAUUUGGGAAAAUGGCACUAAUGAUGAAACUCACGGAGAAAUAAGCAAAAUAUUUGAUGAGACAAACGGGAUAAAGAAAAAUCCCGCUGGAACAGACGAUACUGAUAAUAACCAAAGCAAAAAUCGGCGAGAGUUCGGAGAGGGUGCGGAUGGCAAUAAUGGUAAAAAUGCAGCGGCUAGUAGCAUUUUUACUAAAACUAAUAUCGACAGUUUUCGCUUGACAACGGAAUUUGACGGCGAAAGCGACCCGCAAAAUUGUCGGGGCUUUCAGCCGGGGGAUUUAACUACGGCUAAUAAUUUUCAUUUGGGCAUAAAUGAUAUAAAUAUCUCAGCCACCGGUGGCAAUACUUUUCGGUAUCCGGUGAAGCAAGCGGAUGGGACUUGGGGGGUCAGCACCGACCACUAUGAAGAAAAUGAGGCGACUAAAAGGUGCACGGUGGGAUUAUUAGAAAAAUAUUAUAUUGCUUUGAAAGCCAAUGCUGCUAUUAAUUAUGCGAAUAGUGAAGAUAACCAAAAAAUAGUUGACGCUUCUUAUAAUAUAAUGCUCCAAAUAGCCCAAUUGGUAGAUGAAAAUCCCACUGACCAAGCCA